AGGGAUACGAAGAUUACAACAAGUGGAUAUGACAAGUUACUCAGUCCGAAUGACUCAGUAAGAAUGUUCAGCAUGGAUAGAGUAUAACUUAAAAAUAGUGAGCAUGUAGGGAUUGUUAGGUCGUUGCUAGCCUCCAGGGACACUUUGCGGCUGUUAUGCUUCAGCUCGCAGCAGACUGACUCAUCUUUGCACACUGUCACUUGUUGUGCACUCUUAUACGUUAUAGACAGUUUUUCCCUGUUAGAGUUAUACUAGAAAAUUUGACGACUAUAAAUUAUUGUAAGUAUGAUGCUAAAACUCGCAGGUGACAACAUCAUGGAUAGCCACCGAGUCUGAGUAACAGCGCAUUUUAGGAGCGAGCCCCGCUAAUCUCAAGUUGGAGACAGUCUCAGCGAUGAGCGCGUCCUCAAAGCCGCCUUUAGGGAGGAUGAAGGCCCAUGCCCCACCUCCACCACCGGCCCCUCAACCCGCUCCACGCCAUAUCUUCAGAACCGCUACACCUGAUGGGGGAGGGACAUCAGGCAUGGAGGCCAAGGAGAACAUCCUGAGGGCCACAGUGGAUUUACAGUUAACCCUGCCACAGGGCAACCAGAUUUAUGUGACUGAGGAUGGAAGUAAAGCACUGAUGGAUCUGCUGGUCGAGCUGUGUAGUCGCUACCACCUGAAUCCAGCUCUGCACACUUUGGAGGUUCUGUCUCCUGAGGGCCAGUCUUUGGGCUUCAAGCCCAACGCACUGUUGGGCUCCCUUAACGUGGCCUGUGUGCUUAUCAAGGAAAAGGUCUUGGAAGAGAAAGUGGCGCGCAGACCAGCACCCAAAGUGCCAGAGAAAACUGUGCGAUUGAUGGUGAACUACCAUGGCAACCAGAAGGCCGUAGUACGGGUGAACCCCUUGAUAUCGCUCCAGGCUCUGAUACCAGUCAUCUGUGACAAGUGUGAGUUUGACCCUACACGUGUCCUGCUGCUGAAGGAUAGCAUCAGUCAACGCGAGUUACCGCUGGACAAAACUCUAGCAGAACUCGGGAUCAAAGAUCUCUACGUACAUGAUCAGAGGCUAGCUUUCCAGCCUAAAAUGGCUUCUGCCCCUGCACUUAACUACACAGACUUUGUUCGCAACAGUACUGGCAGUUUGGACAGACCAGAAAAAAAAGGCCUCCUGGGUAUCUUCCAGUUCAGCAGGAGGAAAUCCAAGACAGAGACAACAUCUGUGGACAUGGAUGACUUUGAUGAUAAAAUAAUCCAAAACACUGACACACAAUCCUGUGAUGUGUCCACAGUAUCUGGGUUCUCCAGUGGACCUAAUUGGUCCGGCACCUUGGGCCAGUCUCAGUCUGUCGCCAGUAUCCCGAGGUUGUCUCCCAAGGCUGAGACCAAGAAGAGGAGGGCCCCACCACCGCCUCCUGCCCCUGCACCCAGAAUGGAGCACACUACAGUUGAAAGCUGUCAGAUGAGCCUUGGUUCAGAAAGCCAGCAGAGGAAAAGAAAGGCUCCAGCUCCUCCUCCCACUCCAACAUCCAUCACGCAAGGCUCUGAUGACACUUCAGCCUCUGCGGCUCCUACUCCUGACAGUCAAGCUCCUGAUAAACCUACGCCGGCAUCCCGCAUCAAGGUGGCACAUUCGACCACAGCCUCAGCUGCCACUGUGAUAAAACUAACAGAAAAAACAGCCUCGCACAAAAUAGCAGUAGAUCCUGUGUCCAAUGCCAUGCCAACCUCCAGCUCCCCAACCCCGAGCAACAGCACUACUGACAGCCUUGCCGUGCAGGAUUCCAGCUCUGAACUAAGCCAGGGUCUUGAUGAUUCAGAUGCUGACCUAGAGCAGGCUGAAUCCCAUUACAGCUACACUAGCAGUAGCACAACAAGUGGGUCCGUGCGGGUCCAACCCGCUGCGAAAAACUCCAGCGGCAGAGUGGAAGAUUCAGUCAGCAGCGCGGCCGGCAAAAUAACUCAAGACAGGACGUCAGAGAAUAACUCUAUGUCGGAGACCGAGUCAGCCCUGAACCUGAAGCUGGAUGAGGCUGAGAACAAUAGGCACAGCGGAAUGGGAAACACUCAUCGUCUGGUGCCACCCAAACCUCUCCGUUCUCCCGUGCAGGAGCCAUCACAGCAUGUAUCACCCUCUACUCCUCCCUCGACACCCCCUCCCACUGAGCCUACAGAGAGCAACUCUCCGCACAAUCUCACGGAGGUGGAGGAAGCUCCCCAGUCUUGGCUCCAUUCUGUUCAGAACUCUGCAGUCAGUGACCAGAAACCAGAAACUGAAGCACCUCUGGCCGAGACUCUGUCUUUGGGCAGCAGCAGUGCCGGCAGCAGCCUGCAUGACCAGGGUUACGCUGCCUCUGAAGGUAUGGCAGAGGGCGAGGACUCGGGCAUGAUCAGUUCUCCCUCCGACACCCAACCCACUUCCCCCGAUGGGAGUGUGUCUCUGGAUGGAAGUAGUGGGUGGAAACCGGCGGGGCCAGUGCGAGAUAGUUCCAGUGAGAGCGAUGAGGGAUGUGCCACCUGGGGAUCGGUACACAGGCACAAAGACAUCAGCCCUCUGAUACUGAAAAACAGCUUUGAAGAUGAUCCAAAGCUCGCAGCUGAGCUCCAUCAGACUUUGGCUGAUUUUGAAGCAGACCUUGCAGACCAUGAAGAUGUAGUCUCAGCAAAAGAGGCUCCUUAUACCAUGUCUAGUGACAGUAAUGAGGUGCCAGUGUCUGUAGUGGACUUGGAUGUGCCAGUUACAGCCAUAGAUGAAGUACUGGAGGACUAUGAUCAUAAUAUUAUUGAACAUGAGGUGAAGUCAUUUACCAGGAAGGAGUCAGUUGGCAGCAAAGAACAUGGCUUUUGUCACAAGUCCAGAAUGGAGCCCGAGAACAAAAACAACAAUGCUUAUACAGAAGCAGUCAAUAAUAAAAGAAACCGUACAAAUACUAAGGACUUGUCUCAAUCUGAGCAGCACACUAAACCAGCGGAGAACAAGUCUGUGUGUGACAGAAAGGAAAAAAAGAUAAAGGAGAAAAAAAUUAAAGAGAUGAAUCUCGUCGAUAGCAACAGCGUGAAAGGAGAUAAGCAAAUAUUGGCUGUUAAAUCUAAUGAUGACGUGCACGAAAACAUGAAGAGCGCUGUGAUACUGCCUGACCCUGUGAGAUAUAAUGCUGAGUCUUUUGAGAAGAAGAAACCUGAUCUUCCACCAGCAAGUCAGAAACCAGUAUCUACGGAAAAAGAUGAACAAACGCAUAGGGUUUUCCCUUCUUCACAUAAUAAAAUUACUCGCAACGUCACAUCACGAUUUGGUAUGAAAACCUUCACUGUGAUCCCUCCCAAGCCCUCUGUUAUAAACACUGCUAAAGAACAGUCAGGUGUUCCAUUUACCAUUGGUGCCAUUAAGAUCGACGAUCAGGGAAACAUGGUGAAAGAGGGUAUCUCCAGGAAUAAUGUCAGUAGGUCUUCAGAGUCACAGAUCAAUUCUGAUGAGGGUUCUCCUCUUCUUGGGAAGGCCAAAGCUUUUUGGAGCUCAAAUGAAAGACAAGAUACUGCAGUGAACCCCAGCAAAGAUAAAGCUGAGGAGAGCAAAAACAAACUGAAAAGUGCUUCUACAUCAGUCACAGAAACUACACUGAAGACCAGUAACACAGAGUACCUGAAAUCAACACAGAGUACAGUUUCUGAACCUCCAGAGAGAAUCCAACCUAAAGAGGUGGUGAAAGAAGAAACUAAAGAACCUAUAAGGAAUGUCAAAGUUGCAGACAAAGACUGUGUUGAGGUGGGGAGCAAAAAUUCAGUACCCAAAAAUGUUCAGCCCCCAGCCGACAAACCUACCAUUCCUCCUUCACUACUUCCAGACUUGUCCUUCCUCAGACCUCCCAGGCGAACCUCAAGCCAAUAUGUAGCGUCUGCCAUCGCUAAACACCCCCCAAAGACCUUAGCGAAACCCAGCUAUAUCCCUAACAGCCCUGAAUGCUCUGCUUCCCUGAAGACACCGACUACUGACCUCCAGAAAUCAGGUCGAUCGAUGCAAGUGAAUCCGCGCCAAUCUUCCCUGGCGUCUUUGUUAGAUAAUAAGGAGAAUGGCUCUAAUUCUACAGUCAGGUAUCCUGGUCCUCAAAGAUCUACAAGCUACCCAGAGUAUAUGUCAGAUCAACAGAAAGAUUUUAGAGAAGCAAACGGGGGUGGAUUUGAAAAUGGUGUUGUAGCCACCAAAAGAAGUUCUGAUAUGUUGGAAAAUAAACCAGCCAAGAAUAAUCACGCUGAGUUGAGUGGAUCCACCAAAAUAAAAGUAACUGCCAAUGAACAAGAUAAUGUCAAACAUAGUCAGCUUGGAGGUCCGAGCCCAGCAAAAAGCAAUGCCCUAAACUCAUAUAUUAAACCACCAACAGCCCCAAAGACCAUAUCUCAGACAAACAACUCAGAGGAGACAGCUUCAAAAUCUCAACUGCCUGAAACAGUGUCAGACAGCAGUGUGACCCCAGGAUCUCCAGCUGUGACGGUGUUUGGGCCAGUUAAAAAGUUCAGACCAGUGAUCCAUAAAUCUGUUGAGAAAGAGACGUCUCUGCACAGCAGUCUGAUGGAGGCAAUCCAGACAGGUGGAGGCAAAGACAGGCUGAAGAAAAUAUCAACUUCUGGUCCCAGCUCCUUAAAGAAAGGGCCUUAUGUUGAAGAGGAAAAUGAGAGGUCUGCUCUUUUGGCCGCCAUUAGAGCCCAGAAUAACACCAGCAGGCUGAAGAAGGUCAAAUCUGCAGCUGCCCAUGAGCUUGAGAAAUUCAGAAAGUUGGCAUCUGAAGAAGAGAGAAGUCCAAGCUCUCCCUCUUCCCCCAAGAAUUUGACCUGCACCUCUCCUCUCUUUACACACCCACCACCUCCACCACCACCGACGAUUGCACCGCCACCUCCUGCCCCUGUCUUGCCCCAGGGUAAAACUAGCUCUGUGCCACAUUCGAAUGCGAACGCCCCCAGGAACCCUGCUCUAGCCAGGGAGGCUAUGCUGGAGGCCAUUCGCUCUGGAUCGGCGGCUGAGAGGCUCAAAAAGGUCGCAGUUCCCAAGAAGACGGUUCAAGUGAAUGGCAAACUGGGAACGAUCCAAGCGAGCUCCUCAACAAUCCCUGAGCAGUAAGAGGGGGAGCCGGCAUCACCACAACAAGAAAUAAUAGAUUAAGUGUAGUCUUAGUUUCUGUGUUUUGCCAUAGUGCUUUUACAGCAGGUGUUUGGGGAAAAACAGUUUGAGUUGCAUUUUCAGUGAAUGCUGUCUGAUAUAUUUUUUUGCACUGCAGAAAUUGUGAAAAAUCAAGUAAAAAUAUAUAAUUCAGAAUAAGAUUCACACCUCUUACUACUAAUAUUGGGCCUCACGCGCACAUUGGUCUAGUUCUGAAAGGAACAGCAAAGCGGGGAUGUUUUAUGAAUGAGGAAGGAUUUAAACAUUUCUUCUAGCAAGAAGAACCUCACUGUGUUAGUAGCCAAACACCUGCAACAUCUGUCUAACAAAGGGUGCGAUAGGUUCCGCUUUGACAAACAGUAGCUUGCUGGAAAAUGUUCCUUUCCACCUUUGUAACAUAUUGCUGUUCGUAAAUACAUCCGCUGCCAUCCACCCUUGAAUUCACAAGGCGCAGCUAGAGCAUUGACAUAAAUCUGUGCCAAUGAAAGCAAAAUGUAAUAGUAUAUGAGACUUUCAUAUCAUUUUGUGUUGUGAUCAUUUCCAUUUGCCUUUACCACUGUAGGUUUCAAAUGCCUUAUAUGCCUAAUGCUAAGUCAGUGUUAUGCACAUAUUGUUUGUUUAAAAAAAAUCGAUGUGAGGUGCAAUAAGUUUGAUCAGAUUCUGGACUAUUUCCUAUUUUAUUGUAACAAUUAACAUUAUUUAAAACAUAAUUUUUUUGUAUAUUUAAGAAAACAGUAGGUCCGUGAGCAGUGCUUUAAGUGUAUUAUUUUAUGGAGAUCUCCUCCAUAAUGCCAACUUCCACAGUUCAGGACUCUAAGAAGGAGUCAUAUUGUAACAACUGGCUGGUGCCUGUUAGUGCACUGUGCUCCUGUUUAAGCUUCUAACCUUCAUUUGUGCUGCUGUUAAAAAUCUGUAGAUGCUAUGUUGUGAUAUUUCUGCCUCACGGUGGAAAACAUGAUAAGCAUAGCCUUAACAUUUGCUAUAAAUACAUACUGUACAUACUGUAGCUGAAAUAGUUUUUUCCUUUUUUUUUGACAUUUCAACAUUUUGAAGCAUUUUCAUUAAAAACCAUAAGAACGGUUUCACAAAAAGCAAAGAGAUUAGUGUAUUAAAUCAAUAAGAUAAUCUAAAACCCGCUUUAGUAAAGCUUAUGUCAUAAUUUAAGCGUUAUUGCAUUUCAUUCUGCUCUGUAGGGGAGGUUUAGCGUGUCAUAGCUAUGAGUGAGAGCCAUUAAAUAGUUUGUAUUAGAUACGAUUAAAGUCCAUGCUGGAUCAUCGUUAGAAUGAAGAAAAGCUUACGCUCCAUAUUCAGGUAAAAUGUUUGCUGCUGUGUAUUUCGAGACAUCUUUGAGUAAAGGGGGUUAACUAGUUUUAUAGACACUAACUUUAAUUUGUGUUUACUUCAUGCAUGAUGCAAAACCACACUUUCACUGUCUAAUUUGAUCUUCAAGAGCUUGUCUUUUUUGUUAUUCUAUAACUUCAGAGGUAAACUUUAACUUAAUUUUGGGAGGGAGCUACAAAAAAAAAAGCCUACAGAAGUGUAUAUCUUGUAAAUCAUUGCGAUAGAUUUGCUUUAUUCCACUGACUGAGUGAACGUUUUUAUAAGCUAUUGCUUUUUAUGUUUAAAGUGCACAUUGUUUUAUGGAGAAGGUUAAUUUUGUUUACCUUUUUUUCGAUUCAAUAAAUACAUUUUGUA